UAAAUGGCAGACAUUGAACGUUACAUUUCGUAAUUUUUUUUUCUUCUGUCUAAAUUUACCAAUAUCAAGAAUAGCAGUGGUGAUUUGCAGUCUUUGUGUAUUGUAGUAGGGUAGGCCUAAACAAAGAGAAAAUGAGAAGAAAUCAUAAAAGACUCCCUUCAGCAAGAAGAUAUAACAGUGCUAUUCCAGAAAAUAUCGAGUCAGCUUUAAAUGGGGUUAAAAACUUACAUUGUCAAUCAUUGCAGCUGCUAAGAAAUAGAACAUUAAGUAAUAGGUUUCACAACAGGCAUGAAAAAAGCUUACCAAGCCCACUGUAUUUUCUUAUGAAGAGGAGAUAGCUUUGAUGCAUAAUGCUGUUGUCGUUAGUGAAUGGGGUUUCCGUUUUGACAGCCUUGAUUUACGACAUCUUGCUAAGUCUUAUUUAGAUAUGCAGGGAGACCAGUCAAACUAUUUGGCAGGAAUAAUUUGCCAGGAAUUGAUUAGGUACGUUCAUUUCUUAACAGACAUAAAAAUGGUCUUACAUUUAGGAACUGUCAGAACAUGAGGAGUGAAAAAGCAGGAAUUGCAGCAGAUGUAAUAAAGAACUAUUUCAUUGAUCUGGAACAGUUACUUCAAGACGAAAAUGAAGUUACUGGUGUACCCCUAGCAGUAAUUUUUUAUUUUGAUGAAACUAGCCUAUGUGAUGAUCCAGGUGUGAAGAAGUGCAUUUUCAAGCGAGGGCUGAAAUACACAGAACAGCUGAAGGACAGUAGCAAAACCAGCAUUUCUUUGAUGUUUUGCGGCUCUGCAGCUGGAGAGGUUCUACCUCCAUAUGUAGUUUAUAAGUCGGAACAUUUGUGGCAAACCUGGAUGGAAGCGGGUCUCAACAAAACCAGAUACAAUCGAAGUCAUUCUGGUUGGUUUGAUGCCAAUAUUUUUACUGACUAGUUUACGAAAUUACUUCUUCCAUUUGCCAAAAAGCUUGAGGGCAAAGUUGUCUUUUUAGAGACAAUUUAUCUUCCCACUUCACUCCUGAAGUCAUACAGUCAGCUGUAAGCAAUAACAUUGUCUUUUUGUGCAUCCCAAAACACUCCACACACACAGGUGCCAACCACUGGAUUUGGCAUUUUAUGGCCCCUUAAAAAAAUAUUGAAGACAGAUUUUGGAAAACUGGAAAAUUGGCUCAAGAAAGAGGUCACAUACUUUGUCAAAAGAUAGUUUCCCAGCAAUAUUAUCAACCCUGUAUGAUAAGAUCAAAGGUUCACCUGAAAAUGAAGCUGUAAGUCAGAAUCUUAUUUCAGGAUUCAGAAAAUGUGGUAUCUGGCCUUUUAACCCAGAGCAGAUACUGAGCCAUGUACCUGGUCAGAACAACUCUGACUUGGAUGAAAUUAUGCCUACAGUGUCCAAUGCAUUGAUCAUUCUUUUCAAUUCGAUGAGACAUGGAGAGAAUGCCGAACUUCGCAGACAACGUUCCAAAUUAAAUAUCGUAGCAGGAAAGAGUUUGUGUACGGAAGACCUUGUAGAUGACCCAGAUUCCUCUUCCAGUGAGGACAAUGAUCCAGAUAUUCAUUUAUUAAAUACAGCUGAAUAUAAUGUAGACAGAAUGGCUGGAGACACUGCUGAAGGUCUGGGGAAUUCAAGGAUGACUCAACAAAGUGUAAAAACUAAUGACUUUGUGAUUGUUCGGUGCUGACAACACAAAUACUUUGUGAGUGAAAUCAAAGAGACAAAUGGCUCAGAACUUCUUGUUAGGUUUCUAGGGAAACAGAACAAUAAGAUUGUGUGGCCAGAAGUGUUGGACGAAAGGUUAAUAUCACUUGAGCAAAUAGCUUUUGUGCUCAGUAAACCAGAUAUUUUGAGGCAUGGUGUUCGUUUCUCAGAAAAAGAACUUGAAGGCUUUUCUAUAAAUUGAGUGGUUUAAGGGGGUUACUGCUUCCUCAUAUUGCACUGAAUUCAAAUGUAGUUCAAUAAACUUGUAUAAUAUUUUUAGCUUAAAUGAUGUACGACUGAUGAUAAAUGUACUGCAGCUUCAUUACGGCCACUUAAAAUAUUUUUUGAAAUAUAGAUAUACAUUUACAUAUCA